AAAAAAAAAAAAAAAAAAGAAUUGAAAGUUCCAUUAUGCCUAUUAGACAAGAAUCAAUUAUUUCCGCAGUUGAUCGAGCAAAUGAUAUAUUAAAUUUUAAUAUUCAUAAUACGAUAAUUCAAUGUGAAUCGGCAAAAAAAAUAAUAAACGAUAAUAAAUCUCUUACAAAAGCUGAAAAAAAAGAAGCAAUCAAAAUAAUAAAUCAACAUUAUGAUAAUUAUAAAAUUGUUUAUAAUGAAGGAACAAGGAGAAUUUGUGAAAAUUGUCAAGAGGAAUGUUUAGCAACAUUAUAUUGUGAAAUUUGUAUUCGAAAUAAUUUAAAAUCUAAAUUUUCAGAAUGGACAUCUGGAAAUGAUAAUAUUGAUAAUUUAAUUCAAAAUUGUCAAAUAGAAUCACUUUCACCGGAUAAAAUAAUUGAAUGGAUUCCAUAUAAUAAUUUAAAAAAUAUAAAAAAAUUAACUGAAGGUGGUUGUUCUGAAAUUUAUACAGCGAAUUGGAUUGGUG